GAGCGAUGACUUCACGGUUGCCAUGGAGACGGUGACAGCCUGGGCCUGGGGCCCCCUCAGCUUCCUCACCUUCCUCGCCUUCCUGCGGCGCCACCCGACCCGCUACAUCCUGCAGCUCCUCGUCUCCCUCGGGCAGCUGUAUGGGGACGUGCUGUACUUCGCCACAGAGGCGCGUGCGGGCUGGAGCCACAGCGACCCCCGGCCUCUGUACUUCUGGGGCUACUUCGUGGGGCUGAACGGGCUGUGGGUGCUGGUGCCCGGCGUCCUGCUGGCUG